AACGUGGCACUAAAAAGGCGCCGCAUUUUAUUCGUACGCCAUGUAUGUCCUGGUUGCGGCGCUCCUGGCAGCCUUCUGGAAAUUGCUGGGGAAGCUGUGCUGGCCGCUGCUGCGGGCCUGGAUCUCCAAGGGCCCAUCCCUUGGCUUCCUGAGCCUCGUGAGCCUCUCGGAGACCCAUUUGCGCGCGAAGGGCCUGGAUGCCAUCACCAAGGCGCUGAGCAACUCGCUGCCCUUCACCGCCGCGCAGGUGGAGGUGGGAGACCUGGCGCUCUCCCUAGGUUUCAUCGUGGGGGUGCGGCUGAGGGCGCGGAACGUCACCGUGGUGCUGCAGCGGAAGACCUCUCACUGGCCGGAGGAGGAGCUGCGAAGCGCCGCCUCGAGCCUGAGCGCAUCGGCGGCCAAGAGCUCCCUCGGCCUGGUGGCGAAGGCCCAGAAUCCCAAGCCGCCCAUGGGAAUCUUUGCGCGCGUCGCGGAGAUGUUCAUCGCCGGCACGCACGUCUCGGUGGAUGAUUUGCGGAUCGUUUUUCAGGACUCUUCUGGCGAGGAAGAGCUGUCCAUAGGCUUGAACUUUCACCUCCAGACCCAGCGGUCCUGGAAGAUCGAAUUCAGGGGCACGCACGUGUCCGCGGAUGCAGAGCUGAGCCUCCGAGCCGGAGGUGAGGAGCUUUUGGCGCCCACACGUGCGACCGUCAGAGCGGAGCUGCCAAAGGUGCUACGCACGCUCUUGGUUCCAAAACCGAUGCCAAAGAAGACGGCGCUGGCAGAUGUCUCCGUGGGCGGCAUCCACUUGUUGGUGCGCCCCAAGAGCGUGCUGGCGCUGAUGAAGAUAAGCGACACCAUGACCCGCUUCAGCGAGUGGGCCAAGGAGGUGACUGAGUCCGAGGAGAAGGAGCGCAUGCCCUUGACCGCGGUCGAGCUGCAGCACUACUUGGAUGCGGUGAGGGCAAAGCAACGGGACCUUGCCGAGUGGGAGCAGCGGAUGUCUGCCAAGGAGAUCCUGAACGCCCGCUAUGCCGCGGAGAAUUGGCCCAUCCCGCAGCACCUGAACCUCGAGGAGUGGCUGGACCAGCUCAAGGAUGAGCAGCGGCCGCUGAGGUCGCUGAAAGCUGAGGUGACUUUGGAGUUCUUGCACGUCGAGGCCCUGCAGAACGGCGAGACUCCAGGCAUGGGCUGCUCCGCGCAGCUGAAGGAUCUCAAGCUCAGCGGCGCCAUGCUGGACACGGAUCUCAUCGCGCAUUCCAGGAGCGAAGCUUGUCUUCUGGCUUCCUGCGAGGCAGACAGUCGCAUGCCCAAGAUGAAGGCCACCCUCAAGCUGCAGUCCUUUGCUCUGGAGUGCGAGCCUGCGAAUACGCAGGCCGCCUCCGUGCUGCGGCCCUGCCGAUGGGACCUGAGCUUCGCCAAGUACCCCGCCAGCUCGGGGGAGGAGCUGCAGCUGAAGCUGGCGGCACAGGGGGAGCCGGGCCUGGUGGCCACCGUCUCCAGCCGCGCCCUGUGGCGCCUGCAGCAGGCGGCCGCGCAGCUGCGGGAGGCCACGGAGGCGGCCAAAGAUCCCAUCCCGAAGGGUGCCUCCUCGGCGAGUGUUACCAGGAGGAGUUCACCUACCCAGCGACACACGGACACGCAUCUGGAGAAGGUGCGGUCCCUCUUCCAGCGCCUGGACGUGGAUCAUAGCGGCACCCUCGAGCCUGAGGAGGUCAAAGACCUUCUGGAGAGCAUGUACGGCCAGUUCAUGACCCCCAAGGAGCUGGACAUCGCCACGGAGCAUUUGAUGCACCACCUCGCGGGAAACACGGGCCACUUGAGCUUCGAAGAUCUGCAGGGCUUCUUCCAGAGGGAGCGGGGCGACACUGCAGAGCAGGACCAAGUCUGCCUGAAGCUUCACGAGCUUACAACGCCUUUGCCCGAAAUGUUGCAGGUGGAAAAGCUGUGGGAAGAGCUUCUAGACUCGACCAAGACCAGCAAGAGCUACAAUAGUAGCAGCAUCUCUGCGAGCACUUUGCAACUCUACUGGGUCCGCACCCUCGAGAACUACCAGGAGGCCAAGCGCCUCUGGCAGGAGCGUCUCGAGCCGCGAGUGGAGGAGCGAUUGAAGCGCUGGCGCCUGCGAGGCAGCAUGCCUCUGGUGGACUUCUGGAGCGACCCGGCCAUUUCUUCGAGGGCUUUGCCCAUUGGUGCCAAGGAGCAGGAUCUCACGGUGUACCUGGAGAUCUGUAUGGAUGGCUUCACGGUGAGGCUGUCGGAUACCCAGCACGCCAGCUCCGUGCCGCGGGCCAAGCUGGAGCUCUCCGACGUGUCCCUCCAGGGCGGGCUCUUCCGGGCGCACAACUCGGGCUUCGAGGCGAUGGAGGGCCUCAGGGCGCGGCUGCAGCUGCGGGCGGAGUACUGGAACCAGAGCCUUCGGGUCGCGGAGCCUUUCCUGGAGCCCUGGAACUUGCACCUCGAGGCCUCCCCCUCGCUGCUGUCCGUUCGCGCGGAGGAGCACUUAGUGCUGAACAUCACGCCGCCUUUGAUGCAAGCCCUCACGGUGGCCUUGAACUCCUUGGCUUCCGCGAAGGAAACGCAGGACAAAGCCUUUGACCAGCUGGCGCAGACUGGGGCGCCCGUGGCUGUGUGGGUCUUCAACAGCACGCUGUGCGACGUGCGGGUAGCGGUCCGGAAUCCGGCAGGUGCAAGAAGUGCGCCGGUGGAAAUCUCUCGCUGGGACUUCCGAGAGCCCGUGGCCUUGUACCUGGCCGCCGACAGCGACGCCCCGCUGAGCGUGGGCACCAGCAGUCGCUGGGUCUUGGAGAUGCAGUUGCGCGGGGGCGACAUGGACAACGCCAAGACGGGCCAGGGCUGGUGGGUGAGAGAGGAGCUUCCGUUCAGCACCACUGGUCGUAGGGUCAUUCCGGUGGGGCACCGCCACCUGUGCGUGUCCUUCUCCGUGGACGUGCGCUCGCUGGCGCCCAUCGUGGCCUUGAGCGGCGUGGGCCUGCUGCAGAACAUGACCAGCCGCCCGCUGAGCGUCAGCCUCGGGGAGUUGGAUGGCGAAGCACAGCAGGUGGAAGUGCCACCGUACCAAACCUGGAAAGCAGGCAUCGGCGGUGGCUACGAGGUGUCGAUGCCUCUGGAUAAGCGCGGGCAGUUCAAGAUGAAGCUACCGCUGGACAGCGAGCCCCUGGACGAGCGCGAGAAGCUGCUGGACCGCUUUGCCGGGUAUCGCUUCGUACUUCUGGCCCACGAGGGCAAGCUGCGGAAGGGCGAGCUCCGCGACAGAGCGGUGGUGUGCGUGCCGAUGCUCUCGGUGCUGAAUGCCCUGCCUUGCGAGUUCGAGUGCUCGGUUCGCAACGUGAGGAAGACGAAGAGGAGGCGCCGGCACAACCAGUUCCUCAUGGCGGGCGAUCCCAGCGAGCAGGGGCAGCGUCCACACGAGGCGGAGACGGAAGAAGUGCAGGUGGAGGAGGCCCAUCCGGCCCAUACGCAGCCCUUGUGCCCUGGAGAGCGCUUGGGCUUCAACGAGGUGGACCCGGACCUCGCGGUGGAGGUGGCCGUGCGCUUCGCUGGCUUCGAAUACUCCGCGCUGGUGCCCGCGAAGAGCCUCAAGUCCCGGGCCGCGGUGCAUCGCGCCCGCGCCGCCCGCGCCUCCGCCACGUCCCGCUUCGACCUGUCCGAGCACGGGCUUUGCUUGCAGUCCGAAGAUCCCUCCGCUCCGCUGCUGGAAGUGGAUCUGGAGUGGGAGAUGCAUGGCGCGGUCUUCUUCGUCUACAGCCGCUAUUGGAUCGCGGACAAGACUGGUUGGGGUCUGGAUCUUUGGUCUGAGGGCUCCGAUCAUAUGAAGAUCAGCGAGCAGGCCCAAGCUGUGCCAGUGCCCGCCACUGGCGCUUGGCAGCCCCAAACGAGCGAGGACAACCAAACGCCCCACCUGGCACUGAUGCACUUGCACUCGGAGCAGAUUGACCUUCGCCUGCUUGAGGGAGGCUGCAAGAACUUGGCAGGGUGGUACUGGCGCCCCGGCAGUGGGGAGCAGCUCACAGCCUGGUGGGGCUCCAAAGAGGCUGACGAGCCUGAGGCUGACACUCCUGAGGUGACCGGGUGGUCCGGCCCGCUCAGCGUGGGCAUCCUGGGCAGCACGGGUGUGGCCGCGUUGCCCGCGGCAGGCUUGCUGUCCUCCAUGUCCUCUCCCACGGCGGAGGUGGGUGUGGCGGUGACCGGUGUGCCGGCGCCCUUUGAGCGCACAAAGCUGGUGACAGUGGUCCCUCGAUACCUGGUGCGGAACCAACUGCCCCACGCGCUGGAGAUUUGGCCCAGUCGCGGAAGCAGCAAGCAAGCACCGCACGCGUUCGCGCACUUGAUCGGCACCUGGCGGGCGGAGGACUUGGAGUUUAGUCUUGUAGCUGCUGAAGACGCGCUCCAGUAUCAGCGCACCACAGCUGAGGGAGAUGUGGUUGGCACGCUGACGCGCCAGGGUCCCUGCCUGGUGGGUGAGGUGACGCAAGGAGGCUCGGCCUCCGGUGAAGUGCGGCUGCGGGUGUUGCAGGAUACGCUGCACCACUCCACCCGCGAUGCGCCGGAGUGCGAUUGGGAGAACGAAGUCAGCACGCACAGCAAGGACGCGAGUGUGGCCCGCAACCCCGCGCUGGCCCCUGGUGCCACCAUGUCCAUCGGCGCCAUCCCGCAGCCGGACUCAUGGGCGCUCAGCUCCUUGAAGGACUCCGCCCUGGUUCCCCUCGUCUCCUUCCGCCUGCGCGAGGACGAAACCAGGUGGUCCAACCAAGUUCCGCUGUCUGCCGUCGGGGACACCAUUUGUGCCCUGAGCCACCUGGACGGCGGCCCACCUCUCUUGGUCCGCGCCUCCGUGCAGCUGGAGGGCGCCACGCUCUUCCUGGUCCUCUCGGAGGGUCAGUGGCCCUUCGAGAUCGAGAACCGUUCCUUCAGACAUACAGUGGUGUUAUACCAGGAGGGCACUGAUCCCUCGGUGCACGAAGAGUGGGUGAUGCGACCCUGCGAGGUCCGGCGGUUUGUGUUCCCGGACCCUGAGCAGCCGAAGACCUUGGUAGGCCGCAUCCUGGGCGCUGGCGAGACACAGGCGGCAUGGUACCAGUUGGACAACAUCUCCGCCGGGGGCGCGCAGCACUCGCUGUGGGUGCCUGGCACCUCAUCUCCCGCCCUGGACACCACGCUCUUGCUGCGCGGGGUCUCCCGGCGCCUGGUGCUUUGCGACCGGGAGUCCACGAACUCUGAAGCAGACUGGGGCCAUGAUGACGUGACCGGCCACCAGGACCAAGCGGCGGUGUUGAACCGCAUGGCGUUUGACUUCUUCCUGUCAGGUCUGCACGUGUGCCUCGCGGACACCUUGCACAAGGUGGCGGAGGAGUUGCUGGGCCUCACGGUGGACUACAUCCAAGUGGAGAAGCCGGCCAACGAGCGCAUCCUCAAGCUCACGGUGCAUCAUAUGCAGCUGGACGACUUUGGAGAUGAGGCGUCCUUCCUUUUCGGCCCCAUGGACAGCGGCUUGAACUCUCGUACUUCCGCCGUGGCUGACGCAGAGGACUUCUCGUCCGUGCCGCUACUCUCUCUGAUGCUCGAAGGUCCUGGUGACAGGUCGACCCAUAUCUUCGACGCGGCUCACCGCGCGAUCACUUUGAAGAACUUCAUUUUGGCCCUUCGUCCACUGGAAGCUCGCGUGGACGUGCCCCGGGUGCUCUACAUCGCCUCACGCCUCAAAGAAUGGACGGCCUCUCUUGAGCAACCAGGCAAUGCUGAUGCCAUUGGUCUUCUGGAUCGCGUGCUGAUGACCGGGUUUCGCACCCCAACAGGUGGAGAGCUGACCUGCUCCCUGGGCUUGCUCCAGGCGCAGGCGGUGUGGCUGAACUUGGAGGUGAAGCUCACGAAGCGCAGAGGCGACGUGAAGGAGGACCAGGAAGACGGCGGCUCCGAAAUGGCCUUGCAGCUCAGGAAGCAGUUCUCUCGCUUCGGGGCGCUGCAGCCCAUCAUCGAGUUCUUCGCCCGUCUGGGUGCCAGCUUCGCAGACGUUGCGCCGCGCUUCAGGUUCAGCCCCUUGCUCAUCUCGGACGCCUCUGCCGCCCUUCCGGUGCUGCAGUCAGCGGUGACCAGGCACUACAUCCAACAGCUUCUUCAGCAAUCCGCCCGGCUCCUCGGCUCGCUGCAGCUGCUGGGCGAUCCGGCCAACCUGAUGGACGAGAUCGGCAGCGGGGUGAUGUCCUUCUUCAGCAAGACCAAGCAAGAGGUGCUGGGCCAGCGCGCUGGUCUGGGCAGUGGCGUCACCGAUCUCACCGAGAGCAUCGUCGGGGGUGCCCUGCAGUCCUUCGCCAAGAUGUCCGGCUCACUGAAGGACACGGUGGGCAGUUCCCUGGGACAGCCUAUCGGCAGUGAUCGCAAGGCCGCGAGCGUGAGAGAAGGCUUGGACCUGGGCUAUGCCUCCAUCGCUGUGGGCCUCGCCGAGGGCAUCUCCUCGGUGAUCAAGGAGCCGUUCAAGCAAGCCAAUGAGGACGGGCUCAUCGGCCUGGCUUCGGGCACCGCCUUGGGCGCUGCCAGUGCGGUGGUGAGGCCGCUGGAGGGUUUGCUGGGCGCGGUGGAGAAGCUGGCGCAGGACUGCAUCGACAAGGUCGAAAACCGGUUUGAGCUGGUGCUGCUUGCUGCGCAUCGCGCUCGCAUGAUCUCUAGCGGUUCGCCGCUGACAAUUGAUCGCGACAAUGACAAGAAUCCCGUCGUUGCGCUGCGCGAGAUCGCCGAGCAGACCGUCAGCCCGGAAGACAUGAAAGAAGACCUGAUCCACUCGCUUCAGAAGUUCGUGGAAGUGGACGAACCCGAGACAGAGGCUGUGCCGGUUGUUCCGUCCGCCAAUCAGCAUCAGGUAACCCAGGUCAACAACGUGGACGACGGUGCGGUGGAAUUCGACCGCAUGUCCGAGGAAGAUCUGUUGCGCGGUCUGGAAGGUCUGGUUCCGCCGGAGCGGACCGACGACGUCUGA